AUGGGCGGCGGCGUUAUGCGGAUGGGAAGCAGCAGAUGUUUUGCUGGGCGCCGAUAUGCAUCUGGCAGCAGCCAGGAGGCGGCGCUGCGCAAGACGGCGCUGUAUGACCUGCACGUGGCUCACGGCGGCAAGAUGGUGCCGUUCGGGGGGUUUCAUAUGCCGGUGCAGUACAGUGGGCUGUCGGUCAGCGCGUCGCACACAUUUACGCGGACGAAGGCGUCGCUGUUUGACGUGGGCCACAUGGUGCAGCGGCACCUGAGAGGCGCCGGAGCAGCAGCGUUUCUGGAGCGGCUGACGCCGUCUGGGAUCUCGGCGCUGGAGACACACCGCAGCACGCUGAGUGCGCUGUUGUGGGAGCACAGCGGUGGAAUUGUGGACGACACAAUAAUCACACGUCUGGGGCCCGAGCACUUUUACGUGGUGACGAAUGCGGGAUGCCGAGAGAAGGACGAUGCCUUUCUAGGGCGGUGGCUGGCGGAUGAGGGGCUGCUGAAGAGUCUCCCAGGGCCGGUGCAUCACGAGGAGCUGGUGGACUGGGGUCUGGUUGCGCUGCAGGGGCCGUUGGCGAGCGCGAUUCUGGGGUCGGUGUUGGCGGACGGCGAGGCGGCGACGCUGCCGGGGCUGUUCUUUGGCGGGUCGCAGUAUGGGCGGCUGCAGCUGCGGGCGGGUUCGAGCAGUGCAGCGGAGCUGUCGAGUCCGCUGCUGAUCAGUCGGGGCGGCUACACGGGUGAAGACGGGUUUGAGAUUUCGAUUCCGCCGGAGGAGACGGUGGCAGUGACCGAGGCGUUGCUGGCAGCCGGCACGCCUGAGCGGCUACAGCUGGCUGGUCUGGGCGCACGUGACAGCCUGCGGCUCGAGGCUGGCAUGUGUCUGUAUGGCCAUGACCUCGACGACAGCACCACACCGGUCGAGGCUGCGCUCGCCUGGAUCAUCCCCAAGGCUCGCCGCAACGACUACUCUUUCCACGGCGCCGCCACCAUCCUCGAGCAGCUGCGGCCGCGCAGCCAGGGCGGUCUCGGUGUUUCACGCCGUCGCAUCGGUCUGCUCGUCGAUGGCGCGCCGGCUCGCGAGGGCGCUGACAUUGUCGAUGAGGCCGGUGACGUCAUCGGCCAUGUCACCAGCGGCUGUCCUAGCCCCACUCUCGGCCGUAACAUCGCCAUGGCCUACAUCCAGGACGGCAAGCACAAAGCCGGCACCGCUGUCGGCGUCGUCGUGCGCGGUCGCACACGGCCGGCCGUCGUCACCAAGAUGCCGUUUGUCCCGACAAAGUACUGGAAGGGCGAGUGA